UAUUUGGGAAGGAGGAGGAUCUGCGGAACAGGCGCCAGUUGAAGGGGGAUUAUGAAGGGCCGGCCAAGUGAGGAUUAAUUCAGAAGGUCAAGUCAGAUGAAGUGCCCGGAGUGUGAGCGAGUCCAGCGCCGCGUCCUGCAGUCCGCUCGCCCGCCGGGAGCGUUUCAUUAAUGGGAGUCCCUGAGCCGGCCACUCCGCCUCGGAUUGUCCCCGCCUGGGUUUGGACCAUGUCACGAUGAUUAUAACUGUCUGCCUGUUGCUGAGUUCGCUGGAGUUGAGUGCACAGCAGUCACCGCUGGCCCGGGCGCCGGCUGCUGCUCCAAGGGAGCCGUGCGGCCCAUCGCUGGCCUGCGAGCCCAGACUGCGGAGAGAUGCCGGCGGCCGGGGGGGUGUCUAUGAGCAUCUCGGGGGUGCCCCGCGCAGGAGGAGGCUGUACUGCGCCACCAAGUACCAUCUGCAGAUCCACCUGAACGGGAAGAUUGAUGGCAGCUUGGAGAAAAACAGCAUCUUCAGUAUUUUGGAAAUAACUGCUGUUGAUGUGGGAGUUGUGGCGAUUAAAGGUCUGUUCUCUGGUAAAUACCUAGCUAUGAAUAAAAGAGGACGCCUAUAUGCAUCGGAAGUCUAUAAUCCGGAGUGUGAGUUUGUCGAACGGAUUCAUGAACUGGGCUAUAACACUUACGCUUCUAGAGCCUACCGGACCGUUCCGAACGCAGGCGGCGCAAGGCGCAGGAACAGCGCCGAGAGACUCUGGUACGUCUCCAUCAACGGCAAAGGCCGACCGCGCAGAGGGUUCAAAACCCGCCGGACUCAAAAGUCCUCCCUCUUCUUGCCGAGGGUGUUGGACGGCAAAGACCACGAAAUGGUCCAAUUAUUCCACACCAGCUCGAAAUUCCGAGAGGGCCUCCGGAAAAGCUCGAGUAAAGCCGAGAGGACAAGAACCGGCCACUAGUCAGGAUUGCUGCUGCCGUAACUUAAAAGUUUAUCAUUGUUGGGACUCGCUUUUGAAAUAGAACAAAAUUUAUUUGUAGAAUGAUAUACUUAGCAUUGCAGAUGGAGACUAUCUGUGAUAUAUUAAUUAAUGUAAAUAUGUAAAUUAGUUUUUAUUUGGUCGUUGUUUUCGUGUUGAUCAU